AUGGCAGAAGGAAUGGGAUCUAAUUGCUCUGAAGACAUGAUGUUCUCCAGUGACAUUCCCUUCAAUUCCACUGCUGAUUAUGAAGAUUUCCAUUCAGAAUUUGAUGUAAGCAAGAUCAUCAUCCCAUCCAUCUAUGCCCUGGUAUGCUGCGUGGGCAUCAUUGGUAAUGCUAUGGUCAUUUAUGUUAUCCUCAAGUAUGCCAAAAUGAAAACAGCCACCAAUAUUUACAUUUUAAAUCUGGCUAUUGCUGAUGAACUGUUCAUGCUGAGCGUUCCCUUUCUGGCUACAUCGGCCGCGGUGCGCCACUGGCCGUUCGGAUCGCUGAUGUGUCGACUGGUCCUUAGUGUGGAUGGGAUCAACAUGUUCACCAGCAUCUUUUGCUUGACUGUCCUCAGUGUGGACCGCUAUAUCGCAGUAGUGCAUCCUAUCAAGGCUGCGCGUUACCGUCGGCCCACCGUUGCCAAGGUGGUCAAUGUCUGUGUUUGGGGACUCUCACUUCUUGUCAUAUUGCCCAUCAUUAUAUUUGCAGACACCGUUCCAGCAGAGGAUGGAGGAGUAGACUGCAAUUUUCAAUGGCCUGGAUCCACAUGGUCUGAGGCAUUUGUGGUCUACACUUUCUUGCUUGGCUUCCUGCUCCCCGUAGCAGCUAUCUGCCUUUGCUACUGCCUGAUCGUGGUGCGUAUGCGAGCAGUCGGGCUCAAAGCAGGAUGGAUGCAGCGCAGGCGCUCUGAAAAAAAGAUCACACGCAUGGUGCUGCUGGUGGUCACUGUCUUUGUGCUAUGUUGGAUGCCCUUCUACAUAGUCCAGCUCAUCAGUGUGUUCCGUCAGCCGCCAGACCCCAUGGUGACGCAACUGUUUCUCAUUUUAAGCUACGCUAACAGUGGAGCUAAUCCUAUUCUAUAUGGAUUUGUGUCUGACAACUUCAGACGCUCCUUCCAGCGAAUAGUCUGCUUCCGCUGGUUGGAGAAUGGGCCGGACGCAGAGCAAGUGGACUACUACGCUGUAGCCCUUCGGAGGCAAACGACAUGUGGACCCCAAGACUUUCCUAAGGAGUGUUGCUUGGCCUCUGAUGUGGUGUUUCGCAAUGGAACAUGUACCUCACGUACCACCACCUUAUGA